AUGCCGAAGAACAAGGGAAAGGGAGGUAAAAACCGGCGGCGGGGUAAGAACGAGAGCGACAAGGACAAGCGCGAACUCAUCUUCAAGGAGGAGGGCCAAGAGUAUGCCCAGGUUAUCAAGAUGCUCGGCAACGGCCGUCUGGAGGCCCGCGCCUUCGACGACAGCGGCACCAUGCGACUGGCGUCGAUCCGCGGCAAGCUUCGCAAGAAGGUUUGGAUCAACACCGGCGACGUGAUUCUCCUGUCCCUUCGCGAGUUCCAGGACGGCAAGGGCGACGUUAUCCUCAAGUACUCUUCUGAGGAGGCCCGUAACCUCAAGGCCUACGGCGAGCUUCCCGAGCACGCCAAGAUCAACGAGACCGACACCUACGGCGACGGCGGUGAGGGCGACGUUGGCUUCGAGUUCGACGAGGAGCGUGACGAGAGCAGCGACGAGGGCGGCAACGCUGGCGAUAUCGCCAUCGACGACAUCUAA